UGGGUGUUUCCUCAUUAGAUUAGAAAAUGACGAGUACAAUAUCCGGCGAAUCCAUCAACCGGAAGAAGAACGAUGUCGACGACGUCGGCACGAAGAAGUGCCACUUUCAACUAGAACGCCAACUUCUGAUGAAGGAAUAUGGAUGAAAAAAUUAUUAUAUAACUUGUCACGCGAUCGCAAUCAUCAACAUCAUCAUAAUCCUCAUAAUGAUGAUCAUCAGCAUCAUUCAACGAAUCCGCAGGACGAACAGGACGACGACGGCGCCGUAUGGAUCGCCGUCAUGAAAACCACCUCCACUACAUUGUUCAGUAAAAAUCCGUCGGCCGUUACGAACACACCCCAACGUUCGCUCGACGAAGUUGGAUCAUUUCGAAAAGCCCUGAGAAUCGUUUCGCCGCCUGCCCUCCCUUACGAUUGUUGCAUCUUCAACAUCCACCACCACCACCACCACCAUUGUCAUCAUAAUUAUUUUUUUCAUCAAACGCGGGACCAGAAAUUCACAAUAAUGCCGCGGACACCGACUAUUAAAGGAUCUUCUAACUUGACACUACGUGGACAGAUGGACAGGCGGCGGCCACCGUUUCUCAGGGGCACUUCAAAAGUUAAAGAGCCAAGCAAAGGUCGAAGUGAAAAAAUGGAAACGAGACCAAUUGGAAUUGUUGGAAACAAUGAUGGUGAACGAGUUAGUGAUGAUGAUCCAACACCUGACGGAUUAUUGAGACAAAAUUAUGAAUUACGACAUAGACUUGAGGAAGAAACUGCGAGUUAUAAAAGACGUCUUGAUACCUAUCGACAAGCUCAACAGCAUCAGGCAGCUUUAGUUUCUCGUUUGCAAGCCAAAGUUCUUCAGUAUAAACAAAGAUGUUCCGAAUUAGAAAAUCAAAUGGUUGAAUCACUUCCAGCAGAAAUAGUAAGAGUCCCAUCAUCUUCAGCAAGAGGUAAUUCAGCAUUGGAUGCUGCACAGCAAACAUUGCGUGAAUUACGAGAAGAGCAGAUACAUGAUUUAGAAACAGCUUUAAAAAAAUUAUCUGAAGAAAGAAGAAGAUGCGACAAACUUUUGCAAUUAAACACAUCAUUGAAGGAUCAACUGGAAGAAUCACAUCAAACAAAUGAAACACUAACUAAUGAUCUUCAAAAAUUAAGUAACGAAUGGGAUUCAAUGAGAGAGGAAUUAUUAAUCAAGGAGGAUGAAUGGAAAGAGGAGGAACUUGCAUUCAAUGAAUAUUACACAUCAGAACACAAUAGAUUAUUAAAUUUAUGGAGGAAUGUAGUUUCAGUGAAACGUUUAUUUUCCGAUGUUAAAUCAUCAACCGAAAGGGAUCUCUCUAAAUUACGAAAUGAAAUCAGUAUUGCCUCUAAUUUCAUGGUUUCUGCAUGCACCAGCACAAAGUUUGCUGUUAAAAUGCAAAUGGCAGCAGCUCAACCAAUUACGCCCCAGUCGUUUCAACAAAUUCAAAGUGCAUCCGACUUAAAAGCAGAAAUUGCUUCAAUGAAACAACAAUUUGAUUUGGCACAAGGCGAAAUUCGAAUGAAGGAUGAAAGAAUUCAACAAUUGUUGAAGGAGCUUCAAUCUCUGGAGGAGAGAUGCGGAGAGGCUGAGUCGGGUGUUACUCAAGCAAUAAGAAUGCAGGAGGACAUUGAAAUUUUACAAACUGCAUUAAAAGAUAUUGCUCACGCUGUAAUUCAGGAUGCAGAAUCUCGCAAUGCUGAAAAUAAUCAACCACCACCUCAUAUUCAUUUAUCACCUUCGAUACCAAUUCCUCCAAAAUCACCGAAACGUGGAACCAGAAGUGCCACCACUCCUGCCUUUGCCGAAAGUACAAUCAGCGCUGUUCAAGCUGCUCUUCACAAAUACCAAUUAUCAAUUCACGAACUUCAGGUAAAAUUGCAAACAAAUAAAGAACAAUUGUCACUAACUCGCAAGCAAUGUGAAAGCGCAGAGGAUGCGACUCUACAAUUAGAAGGUAAAAUUACAGAAAUUAUGUCACAAUUAGAUGCAAGUAGAUCACAAUGCUUGCAAUUAAAUCAAGAAAAGGAUAUUCUGCAAAAAAAUUUGGAUUCAAUUCGAUCCGAGAAAAAUGCUCUUGAUCGAAAUAGACUCGAAAUUACAAACAUGAUGGAAACGUUGAAUUCGGAUUACGAUAAAUUACAAAAAUCUAACAAUAAAUUACAAAAAUUGUGUGAGAAUCUUGAUGAUGAGAAAAUGUAUCUUCAAGAUGAACUUGGAAGAAUUCUUAAAGAAGCUGAACUCAGGGAACAAACACUGCGAUUAGAAGAGGAACGCAGCAGUAAAAUGAGAGAAGAAAUUCUGACACUUAGAGAAGAGUUAAGUAGAACAUCACUCGACAGGGAUAUGUUGGAACAACAGAAAUUAGAAACAGAUAGUUUGAUAUCACAAAUCGAAAAGAGUAAAGGUGAUGUUGAAUUGGAGUUGGAGCAAAUUCUACUCGAAAAAUCAGACAUUCAGGAAAUGUUAUCAAAAAUGGAAUCGAUUUGUGUAAAUCAUGAAGAGGAUAAAGCAAGACUUCAAGAUGAAAUAAAAAAGUUGAAUGAGGAGAAAGAGAAAGUAGCAAGCCAAUGUACCGAUCAGCAAGGAGAUUUAUCAUCAUUGAAGAAGGAACUUUUACAAGCUGAGCAAAAUCGAUUGGAUUUGGAAUCGGAAAAAGUUUCUCUACAUGAAAAGAUCAAAGUUUUAGAAAUUGAGAAAGAAAAAGUUGAAAUUGAAUUAGGUCAAGUGUCACGAGAACGUAGUGAUUUGAGCAAUCAAUUAUCAAUUUUGGCGAGAAAGAAAGAAACUCUAAAUGAGGAGUUGAUGAGAUUGAGGCAACGACUCGAGCAAGCAAAUGAAAUGAAUGCUAGGAUAAAUAGAAAUCUCGAAGAUCUUGUUAAAGACAAUGAGGAAAAACAGGUAAUUUUAGAAGCAAGUGAAAAGGAACUUCAAAGACUACAAGAGCAAUUAGCAUCAGUUCGCAGUGAAAAAGAAACUUUAGAAGGUGUUCUAUUUGAUACACAGAGCAAUCUUGAAACGACACACGUUAAAAAAACUCAAUUAGAGAAAGAUCAGCAGGAUCUAUUAAUAAAACAAGAAAGUCUAAAAGGACAGAUUUCUCGUUUGACGAAAGAAUUAGAAAAUAGUGAAAAACGUGCCCAGGAUAUGAAGUACACUCUAACUCAGCAGAGUGAAAAUCAGGAAGCUGAGUUUCAACAAAUCAUUUUAAAUCUCAAAAAGCAGAGUGAAGACAGUAUUAGAAAAUUGAAUGAAGAAAAGGAACAGAUUAGAGUUUCAUUGGAAAAACGUCUGCAACAGAAUGUAUCACAAUUAAAUAGCGAGAAGGAUGGUGAAAUAGCGCAAUUGGAAAAAAAUGUACAAGAAAUGCAAAUGCAUGUUGAAACUGUUUGCCAGCAACAUGAAGAAGUACUCCUUCGUGCUGAAAAUGAUAAACAGCAGGCAUUGCUCAUUGCUCAUCACGAUCAACAAGCAUUAGUUGAAAAACUUGAGGGUGUUUACAGAGAAUUAGAAGAAGAAAAAGGAAGUUUAGAUCGUCUUCGAAGGGAAGCAGCUACACGCGCUGAUCAGGAUCGCAUAAAUUUGAAUCAAUUGCGUGACGAAUUUAAUAGACUAAAAACGCGAUCAGAGGAAAUGAAAUUAAAAGGCGAUGAAGAAAAGAUUAAAUUGGAACUAAAGAUGGAGGAAGUCAUAAAAGAAAAAGACUCUGCUCAAAGAGAAGUUGAAGAAUUACAAGUUCAACUUCAUAUGACAGAGGACAAAGUCGAUAGUCUACAGAAUCUACUUCAUGAAAAUGACCGAAAACUCAAAGAAGCUGAAAAUACAAUCGAAUCAUGUCGCAAAGAAUUAGUAGACAUUCGUCGUCAAUUAACGGAUUCGAAUUUCGAAAAAGAUAAAUACAGCAGUACUAAUAAGGAAUUAAGAGAAUAUGUAAAGAGGAUCGAGAGCGAGAAAAGAGAACAGAAUAGAGCACUAGAGGAAGGUCAUCAAAAAGUUGCAGCUUUAGAAGACAUGAAGACUACACUUGACGCAGAAAGAACUCGCCUGCAAGCUAAUAUUCGAGAUAUGGAACGAGAAAUUACACAAUUACAACAGCAACUUCGUUUCACGCAGGAUGAAUUGCAAAAAUCGCAUUCAAUGAAUUCGACCGCGCAGAAUGAAGAGAAAGAACUGCAAGGACGUCUUGCUAAUGAAAUUGAAGAGAGGGAGCGACUACAACUUCAGCUCCACCAAGUUAAAAAACAGGUUGUAGACUUAGACAAUAGUCUAGAAAAUACAAGACAAGAAUUUGCCAAAUUACGAGCCCGAGCUGAUGAAGAGGAUGAAAGAUGGCGUGGAAGAGAACAAGAAUUAUUAAUAAGACUCGAAGACAGCAGAUGUCGAGAAAGAAAACUUGAGGAUCAGAAACACAAUUUAGAAGUUUGCCUUGCCGAUGCAUCUCAACAAAUUCAAGAACUUAAGGCUCGUCUAGGUGGUUCAGAAGGAAGAGUACGAGCAUUAGAUGCCCAGUUAGGUCAAUUAGAAGUUUUAAAAAAAGAAGUAGAACAAAAAUUAAGUAGCGUUGGCACAACUCUACGUCGUAUUGCUGGAAUUCAAUUGGAUGGAAGUGUCAAUAUGCCAUUUAAAAUUACAAGUCCUUCACGAAGAUGGAGUCCAGUUCGCAUGCAAGAUCAUGGAAAUGCUGGUCGUGAUAUUGUACUCGACGUUGAUCCAGAAGUUGUAAGAAAGGGAGUCAGAUCGUUAAUGCAACAAGUCGCCCAAAUUGAAAGAGAAAGAGAUGACUAUUUUACUGAAAUAGAGAAUAUGAAGAAGCAACUAAUGGAAGCUGGUGAUAACUCAAAUAAAACAGAUAUGAAACUUAAUAAUUUACUCAUCAAUAUUAGGACUAUGCAAGAGGAGAAAAAUGUUCUCGAAUCAAAACUCUCUCAAAAAGAUGCUGUUUGCCAAGCGCAGAUGGAGGCUUUACAUCAUAAAACGUCCGAAGUCGAACACUUGAGAGAGAGAGUAACCACUUUGGAGUUAACAGUUAGCAGUGAAACUGAAGAGAAAUCGCAAUAUGAAGAUAAAUUGGAGAAGCUAAAGCAGUUUACGAGUAAAUUAGAAUUUGAAAAGCGAAGUUUACAAGACGAACUUGGCAAAACUGAGGCUAGGGCAACAAAAUUGGAACUGCAACGAAUGUCUCUCGAAGGAGAUCUUCAACGAUUACAGAUGAUCCUCCAAGAAAAGGAGGCUCAUAUUCAGAAACUUCAUGAACGAUCAGAAGCACAGACAAGAACAAUGACAACUCUAGAAGAACGUUGCGGUUCCUUAAAUUCAACAAUUGAGCAAUUAAAUCAAACACUCCAAAGAUCAUCAAAUACGGAAAGUGAUCUAAGAAAUGAAAUUAAUUCUCUUCAGAGGAACCUCAUGGAAAUUACUGUAGCUUCACAAAGCAAUAAUGAUAAACUCAAACAAUCACAAAAGCAGGUAUCAAAUUUAGAAAACGAACGUCGAAUUUUAACUGAAAGAUUAGAAUCGGCCCAACAAGCAGUCGGUGAACUAAGGCGCAAUAACCAAACCCUUGGAGAUCAAAAUGUAAGAUUACAGAACGAAAUAUCGAAUAAUGAAGUUGUCCGUUCAGGUCUAGAGGCUCAAUUGCGAUUAUCGAACUGGCCUCAUGAAGAGCGAACGAAUAAGGAAGAAGAAUUAGUACGACAGGUUCAAUCGGCACAGAGAGACAGAAGCGAACUUAAAGGAAAAGUUGAUGCUUUGCACGAUAAGGUAAAGCAUUUGGAGUCCGAUAAACGAAAUUUAGAACGUCAAUUAGCAUCCAUUCGACCUGGAAGUGUUCGAAGUAAGAGUUACGAGCGACCUGAAAAAGCACACGUCGAAUUAUUGGGUUCUUGUGCAACCAUCGAAAAUUUAGAGCAAGAAAAUCGAGAUCUUCGACUACGAAUUCGAAGACUAGAAACACAAUUGUCCGAAAAGGAAGCGGAACUCCUGCGGGUCAAGUCAAUAAACAUACAUUCGCAUUCUUCAUUGGAUUUAUCGCGAACUCGAAGUAGCGAAUUAGAGAGACUUAGAGCGGCACAAUUGCAAGCUGAAAAAUUACUCGAAGCCAGAGAACAAAGUCAUCGACAACAAGUUUUGAGACUUGAGAAUCAGAUUCAGUUGCUACGAGAUCAACUAAAUCAGGAAAUAAAACGUCGUCAAUUGUACGUUUACCGCAGUACUCAAGCUGGUCGUGAAAUGCAACAAUUGCGACAAGCUUUAGGUGAUUCUCUGAGGACUGUAUCACAAGAUCCAUCAUUAGACGCUGUCUUAUUAGAACAUGAAGCUCGAAAAUUGGAUUCAACUCUAACUAGCACUGCCAGUUUACCUCCAUCAUUAGCCCUUCCUCCACCACCAUCAUACGAUUUAAAAUCAUCAUCUCCAUCUCGUUUUAAGUAAAUCGAUAUUUCCCAUUCUCUUAGAAAGUGAAAAAUCUUUUUAGACAGAAUAAAUCUAAACGUGGUAAUAAUUUACAGUCAGUCAGCAAAUAAAUGAUCUCAUUUUCAGUAAAAUUUUCCCAUCGCUGAUCUCAUCGUAUACAGUUUUAUAUAUAUACUAUUAAUAUUUUCAAUUUCCCCUGAAGAAAAAUUUAAUAUUCCAAAGGGUUUUACUGUAAUAGAUUUUUUGUAUUUAUUCAAACUUUUUGAUGAUCGUUUUUUAUCAAACAGAUUUUGAUAAAAAUAUUUCUGUCAAAGUUUAUCAAAGUUGUAUUAAUGCUUCCAAAAAAAAAAUUUUUUUAUUCAUCCAAAAUUUUUUACAAAAAAACUUUCUAAUCGCCUAGACUUCAAGAUUAGGAAACAAUGAUUGGCUGAAGUUUCAUGACCAAUAAAAAUAGUCAAUUUUCUGCAUUUAUCAAUCAAAAAAAAAAAAAAAAAAUGCAGAGACAGUUAUUGAAUCUGAAAAAACAAAUCAUUUUUUAAAAAAGUAAGAUUAUCUUACGUGAAAUCCGUCCAUGUUUAUUGAAAAUAUCCAACAAAAAAAAACAUCUAGUUAUUUUAGAUUAAAUAAAGAUCCGUGUUAUUGUGCGACAAGAAAAAUAAGAAAAAUAAAUGAGAAUUUAAAAUGUAUACUAAAUCGUCGGUAGUAAAAAAAAAAAUGCUUUGUUUCGUCUCAUCAUUGAGACCAAAAUGAAACAAUCAAACAAGAGCAGUCUACAAAAAAAGAAAUGCUUCUACGAUUUUUACUGUAAUGUCACCAACAAUUAAAAGAAAAAUUGACACGUGAUGUAAAUUUUUAGAGAAUUGAGAGAACGAUAGAAAUUUGUAAAAGUAGAUUGACAAAGAAAAAAGUGGAUUGUGUCUGUUCUUUAUCAUUGAGAAUAUAGACAUUCAGUCCAACUGUAUUAUUCGCACUUUAUUCAUGAUGCCGAUAGAUCCACGGAUCUAAAAAUUUGUUUUUAAUUUUAUAAAUCAAAUCUGUAGAAGUGAGUAAAUCAACGAUGAGAAAGCGACCACAAAGAAAGAAAGGGGGGGGGGGUUGGUUAGAAAAGAAUGAUUGGGGGGUCGCUUCUUCUAGUUCAACUAUUCACUUCUACAGGACUUAAAAUAAUAUUUAAAUAAUUUAAAGAUUAUUGAGAAAAAAAAUUAUUAACGUUAAUUUAUUACAAAUAUUAUCCAAUUGUAAAUUUUAAUAUUUUGUUUAAUUUCUAAAAUUUUUUUUUAAUAAAAAUUUGUUCUUCAAAUAAAGUGAUGAUGUUAGUGACGCUGAUAAGAAAACACUCCAAUUAUUUAUUCUAAUUCAGUACAUUCAACAUACAAUUAUAUUUUCAAAUUAAUUUUAAAAUCAUCUUUCAAUUAAAAUUCUAUUCUCUUAUAAUUCACUUCACUUUUAU